CUGGAGCUCCGCGACAAGCAAACCCCGGACGGCUGCAGCUCCUCCGGAGUCAUCGAGGAGCGACCGCGCCUGAGUGGCUGACACUACCGGACCACCACCACCAGCGUAUUGUUUGUUUGUUUUUGUUUUUUAAAGAGGUCUCCUCAAAGGUCACAGCAGCUACAGUGACAUGGGCGGCAAAAGACGUAACACACCCCGCAGAGCUAACACAGCAACCUUGCCCAAAGUGCCAAGCAGAAAAUGACUCAGAGAAAUGGAAACAGGGCGACAAGCGAUUGUAGCCUCCACUCGGAGGCCUCCAAGAGUUUUGGGCAGGCCAACGGCAUGGAGCACGAGAAAGUUCAGGAAGCCAACGACUGUGAAUUCGAGGAGAGGGGCCAGGGAGGUGACUGCAGCGACACUUUGGCUGUAACCGGAGCAGACACAGCUCCAGACGGCGGUUGGGGAUGGGUGGUGCUGAUUGCCACCAUCCUGGUCCUGGCCUUGACCCUGGCAUUUCCCUCUUGUGUGGGAAUCUUCUACACUGACUUGCAGAAUGAGUUCCACGCCUCCAACAGCGAAACAUCUUGGGUGCCGUCCAUCAUGACGUCAGUGCUUCAUGCAGGAGGUCCCUUUUGUAGCGUGCUGGUGGAGAGACUGGGCUGCCGAGCAACGGUCAUGUUGGGUGGAGUCCUGAGUGGGCUGGGAAUGACUGCCAGCUCAUUUACCCACUCCAUCACCGAGCUCUACAUCACCGCUGGGGUCAUUACAGGACUGGGUUUCUGCUUCAGUUUCCAACCAGCUGUGACAAUCCUGGGUCACUACUUUGUGCGCCGUCGGGCGUUCGCCAACGCUAUGUCCUCCACGGGCACGGCUCUGGGACUGUGCACUCUCCCCGUCCUGGGAAACUACCUCCACACAGAGCUCGGCUGGAGGGGGAGCUUCCUCGUUCUGGGGGCCGUCCUCCUCAACUGUUGCGUGUGCGGAGCCGUGAUGAGGCCCCUCCAGCCCGCCAAGCGUCGGGGCCAGCCGCUGAUGAACCAUGGGCCCCCUCCGCCGGAGGAAGAAAUAGAGAUGAAGAAAAAUGGGAGGGUGAGGACGAUAUGGAACUGCCUGUUGGCUUCCCUGAGCAAACACAUGGCCUUCGAUCAGUUCUGCAACAACCCGCGGUACUGUGUGUAUUCCAUAGGCAUCACCUGGAUGAUGCUGGGCUUCGUGGUGCCCUUGGUGUAUCUAGUUCCUUACGCCACAGCAAACGGUAUGGAGCAGAGCCAGGCCGCGCUCCUCCUCUCCAUCCUGGGCGUCGUCAACAUCGUGGUGCGGCCACCGAUUGGCCUCAUCUUCAACAUGCCCUGGUUCAAAGGGCGACACAUUUAUGUAUUUGCCUCGGCUCUGCUGCUCAACGGGCUCAGUAACAGCAUCUGCUGCCUCGGGCCCAGCUUCUCCGUGCUGCUGGCGUAUGUGGUGACCUACGGGCUGUCUAUGAGUGUGGUGGGCUCCCUGAUGUUCACCGUCCUCAUGGAUAUUGUGGAGAUGAGACGGUUCCCCUCCGCCCUGGGCCUCCUCGCCAUCAUGGAGAGCAUCACGCUGCUCAUUGGACCUCCGCUGGCAGGGGUCCUUGUUGACCGGACGGGCCAGUACUUCCACGUCUUUUUUGUCUGCAGCGCCAUUGUUGCCUCAUCCGCCGUGUUCUUGAUGACAUCAUUUUGCUGGCUUCAUCAAAAGGAGAUGAAGGCGUCGAAGCGGGUUCAACCCUCCGCGCUGCCGGACCCCGCCAGGCCUGCGAUCGACGUUGCUCGUGGCUGCCAGUACCGCAGCGUGCCCACAGAGGGAGACAAAGACAAGGUCUCGGUUAAUGGGGCGGAGUCCAUCACCAGUCUCUGAUUUGGCUUACGCUGUUCGUCACCUUAAACACAAGCCACACUUUUGGGUCCGACGGUUUUCGCAAAUGGUUCUUAACGUUUGUGGCAGCUUGUAUGGUGCGCCACAUGUUUGCAAAACUUUUCUGCAGCUGAUGUGACUGCAAACCUUCUGCAAACUGGAGCGCCAUAAAAGCCAAAACAAAUACUAUGAAUAGUUUGCACAGUUUGCCCAAGGUUAGAUACCAAAAUCAACAGAUGUGCACUUACAACUACAAUGGGAUUGUACUGUUUACUGUGAAAAUGCUGCUGAUUUUAUCUACACAGUUUAACACACGUGAAGUAUUUCCUCAAUCACGCCAAGAUUCUUUUAAAGAAAUUACUCACAAUCAGUGCUAAGUGUCAGCUAGUGUGUUAGUGAGCGGUGAGUUUACUUGAAAACAAUCUCACAGCAGGCUAAGUGUGAUCUACUAGAAGCACACAAACUGAGCAUUAGCAGAAACGGGAAAUAUCAUUUUGUAACCUCCUGGAGUAAGAAGUUGAGUGAGGCUUGAGUUAUGUAGGGAUAAAGGAUGAGGCUGGUGUUAUUCGAGAUUUAUCUUCUUUCAAGCAUAUUUCAAAAGGACCCUGGAGCUUCGACGUAACUACAUGAAGUGUGUCUCUUGAAUGUAUUUGGACAAGUAUGUAAAUUUUCAGUCCUCUAUAAAGGGGUGCACACAAAUAAAUGAGAUAUACUUAAACAAAACCAACCAUUUAUUCAAAGAAAAAGUAUUAAAUAACCAUUUUAUUCCAUAAAUUAACUGAAGAAGCUACUUGGAUGAGUAGUUAAGCAUCUUCAAGAAACUUUACACGUUGACACAGUUGCUCUUAUUUCUGUUUUUUUGGGGGGGUUGAUCUUAUGUAGAUAGAGUAACUACACCCUUGUCAUCAGAAGCUAGCAUCGCUUCUGAUGGUGCUGUUUUUGACACUCUUCCUUGUGGCCUUGUGUCUUUUAGGAUGCACAGUCAGUAUACGUUACAUGCACUGCUUAAUCGAGAUAUGCUCAAAAUUUCGAAUUUCUGGAUGCGGUCCUUGUCAAAGUUUACACAAAACGGAGAAAGUCUAAUAACUGACAGGAACAUGUCCUCCUCCUCCACACUAGGUGGCGAUAUAUGUAUUUUCUGGUUGACCUAUUACAUCAUACAGUAAACAACAAUGCGGAUACUAGUACAGCUUUUUAAUCUCUCACAUAAUGUACUUCUGGUGCAGAUAAGACGGCACUUUUUGAGCCUUUUCUUGGUGGAUUUGAGACCAUUGUCUAGUCGAAAGUUUCACCUCAGCUUCAGUGUUUGGUUUUUAAGCACCCUUCGAUAUGACUCGCAGUGAAGUAACCCUAAACUUGGGAUGAGGUCUUUGGUUUGCUCUGUCUGACUCUCUCUUAGACUGAAUUCGCUGAAGCAGCCAUGAACUUGGAAAUGCCUUUAGCCGUUUAAAAUCUGCAAUAGUCGUAGGCAGUAAAGUGCCAAGAUUUGCUUCAUAUUAUUGUUUUAAGUUGUUUGCUAGACUCAAAAAAAGACACACGUCUGCAACAAACUACUUUUUAUCAACCUGUCACUCACCUUUAUCUGUAGGCAACGAUCAAGUACUUGCUUCCAAAGAGCCGCCGUUUUAAGUGGAAUGUGCACAUGUCUCUAUGCGUUUCUGUAGAGUUCAUACUGUGCAGCUUCAGUGCAUUUGAGACAUAGGUUUUGCUUCUUUUGACUGUCAUGGCACAGGAGUCUAAAGAAAUGUAAUCAAACUUUAUUCAAAGUCAAAAUGAGCUAGAAAUAAGGGAGAUGAUAGUAAAUAUGAACCCAAAGAUGCAUGAAAAUACCAAAUAUGAAAUAAAGCGGCUUGUGAAAUGUUAAUAAAAUGAGACAUGGUGAUAGAUUGCCAAGAGAAAAACAAUUAUAAUCACAUUUAUAACCUUAAUAAAGCCAAACAUUAUUUGAACAACACAGGCAGUUUUAAUUAAAUAUUUGGGGUAAAGGUGUUGUGUUGGACUUUUAAAUCACGCAUGAACUGGUGAACAAAGACCCUCAGUCAGACUGUGAUUUAGAUCAGAUAAUAAUCACCACCUUAAAGACGUCUGAUGACUUCUCUUGACUUUGGCUGAGCUCCAGAAUACGCCCUCAUAAAACAGCCUGUGCUUGUUAGAUUUGACACCUCCGUACAGAAUAUGUGACUGAUUCCUCUGCUUCUGCUGCAACACGACAUGCUAGUGUUGCCAAGUGGAGCGCAGCCACUGUUAUUAAGCAGGAUGGCGCUCGAGGGAAUAAGAAGAUGUGUUUUUGCACAGCAUUAAUUAAUUUGUUGUUGGCUUUGGUCUUUUUCAUUGGAAAAGUUGAGUAUCGAGUGUCACCAGCCUGAUCCUUUAGAUGCUAAUAUCUAAAUAGAUUUCACACUAGGCCUUUAACCAGUUUUUAAAGUGGGAAAUGUUAUUCUACACCCACGUUAGAUACUGAAGAUCAGUGAAGGUGGAUAUAAAGAAGAUUAGUGUGUCAAUGAGUCCACCGUCUUAUUUAAAAUAGUAUAGUAUGUACUGUUUUAAAUUAGUAUGUACUGUAGUGUUUUCAUUGCAUGCUUUUCUUUCCUUAAUGGAACAGUGCCUUUUCACACAGCUGAUGUAUUUCUGAAAGAUGACACACAACCGGAGCACAUUUCAUGUCGUACAUCGACUAAUCAACUAACUAAAUAUUUCACCAAGAAUCAGCAGCCCGCAUGAGUUUCGCCUCAGCUCCCAUCAAAGACUUUGAUGAAUUGACAGUGAUCACAGGUUUGAACAAAGCUGUUUGAUCCCAGAAGUUAAUGAAAGUGAAAUGUUUCAGGUAUGCGCUGUGUUGUAGUAAAGCCAACGUGAAACCACAGGAUUUAUUAGUCAUUUUUAGAGGCUUGUCUUGCUGUGGGCCAAACUAUAUCUUUAUUACAAAUUCUUUAUUUAUACAGUAUGAUCAGGGGGAAAAAAUAAAUAAAUGUUUGAGUCUCAAAA